GCUAAAUAUACGAAAAUAAAACGAUUUAAAAAGAGCGCAAUUAUGUUAGCAAUUCUUCUUGCGGUUGCGCUAGCAGCAGCUCACGAACAGAAAAAUAUGAAAAACGACCCCCUUGUGUUCAUAUCCAACCCUGUAGAAUCUGAGCUUCCUGGCCACUGGGUUCCGCAGAGCAUCCUUAAAGUAAUCCUUAACAGACCAAACAACCCAUCCACAAAACAGCCUUUGAACCAUUCACCCAAGAAAUUGAUUAAUUUAAAAUCAAAAUCUACAUCUAAAAUCACUACACCUAUACCUACUACAGCUACCAAGCCACCGACCACAACUUUCGUAACUGAAAAAAUAACUGUAUCAACUACUAAGAAAAUAGUUACAGAAGAAGCCACUAAAGACACGACACAAAGAACAACAACGGAACCAACGACAACAGAAGCAACAGAAGCAACAACAGUAACAACAGUAACAAAUCCUCCAAAGCCGACUGCACCUACAGUGCCAUCAACAUCUGCGAAGCCUACACCACCCACAGCUAUUACAGAACCCAUAGUUCCUAUAGAACCUACAGAACCUAUACUACCGACAGAACCCGCAGUACCGACAAAACAUACGAGGUCAACAACAACUACUACUACUGAAACAUCUAGCAAUCCUGCUAAUGGCUAA